ACCAGAGACCUGCGUUCAACCUGGCCAGUUGACGUUGCGAACUUAUUAAACGAAGACCACACAAUAAUAUCGAACAAAAAUGGGCGACGUUAAUAUAAAACUUGAAUGUAACCACCGUCGAGGGCUCUUUUACCUUACUAGUCCUUGGGCUUGGGGACGUCCGUGCCGUCGAUGCCGCCGCAUGAUGUCUAGUGGAGUGGUGGUGGUACAGGCUCCCCCUUCCGGGUGUGGGCCAAGGAAAACCUGUGGCACUGUGGUUUCUGGCCAACCAGUGAUGGAUUGGCAACAGCAACAGCAACUCCAACAACAACAGCAGUACCAACAGCAACAACAGUACCAACAGCAACAACAGUACCAACCGCAACAACAGUUCCACCAACAACAGGAAACGGUCUCCGCACUUCCUCCAAAAUACGAACAGGCGGUCUCUAACUAGUGUAAAUUAUAUUCAAUAAAAAUAAAUACAGUUAAGGUAAAGGAAUUCAUAAAUUUUCUUUGCUUUAAGAAGUGUAAACCUAAAGGACGCCCACCGAUCAUUUGUUAUGAGAGAAUCUAAUAAAAAUCGUUUAAGGAAA